GAUAUAGGUACUGCCAUUGUUUCAGAUACUACAGACGAUUUGUGGUUUUUAAAUGAGUCAGUCUCAGAGCAGUUAGGUGUUGGAAUAAAAGUUGAAGCUGCUGAUUGUGAACAAGCAAGUGAAGAAGUAGGGAAAGUGAGUGACAAAAAGAUGAUUGAAGCAGGAAAAAAUGAUGACCUUGAGGACUCUAAGUCCUUAAGUGAUGAUACUGAUGUAGAAGUUACCUCUGAGGAUGAGUGGCAGUGUACUGAAUGUAAGAAAUUUAACUCUCCAAGCAAGAGGUACUGUUUUCGUUGUUGGGCCUUGAGGAAAGAUUGGUAUUCAGAUUGUUCUAAGUUAACUCAUUCUUUCUCUACAUCUGAUAUCACUGCCAUACCUGAAAAGAAGGAAAAUGAAGGAAUUGAUGUUCCUGACUGCCGAAGAACCAUUUCGGCUCCAGUUGUUAGACCUAAAGAUGUAUAUAUAAAGGAAGAAAAUUCUAAACUUUUUAACCCCUGCAACUCGGUGGAGUUCUUGGAUUUGGCUCACAGUUCUGAAAGCCAAGAAACCAUCUCAUCAGAUAACCUUUCUGAGCAGAGAACAGAUAAAGAGAACAUGGAAGAUUGCCAGAAUAUCUUGAAGCCGUGUAGUUUAUGUGGGAAAAGACCACGAGACGGGAACAUUAUUCACGGGAGGACAAGCCAUCUUACCACUUGCUUUCACUGUGCCAGAAGACUCAAAAAGGCUGGGGCUUCAUGCCCUAUUUGCAAGAAAGAAAUUCAGUUGGUUAUUAAAGUUUUUAUAGCAUAGCUGAAUCAAUUGCAAAGAAAUAUUUGGAGGACUAGACCAUUUAUCAAAACAUCAGUAUUCUCAUGAGACAGGCAGGAGAAUCACAAGUGCAAGGCCCAUCUCAAAAAAACAAAGAAACCAAUACCGAGCUUCAACAUCUCUUUACUAAGUGUGGACCAUGUGUGUGCAUUUAUUCAUGUAAACAUCUAUGUUUUGGGUCAUUUUUGCUUUUAAACUUAAGUGGGAUUUGAGAACUAGAUAAUCAAUUUGGGGACUUCAUUAACAUGAAAAAAAUAUAUAAAACACUUCAUUCUCCAUCCAAAGAUGAAGAUCUGAGAGGGAACAAGUUCAGUGUAUACAAAAAUGUAUUCAUCCAUUCACUGAACAACUUGUCUGAAGAUUAAUCCUUUCUUUAGUUAAUUUUAUUCUCUACCCUUCUGCUUUAUGAUCUUCUCACAAAAUCCAAGACAGUUAGUGGAGCAUCAAAAUCUAAGGUAGUUAUUAGGAAAGCACAAAGACUAACACCACAACAACAAAUAAUCUGAUUAGUCAACUUUUAAAGUGCUGGUUUGAUCAUUUUCUGUUGAAGUCAGGUCGCCUAGUUCAGAGAAACCAAAACAAAGGGGUUUGAGCUACCCUUACUAUUAUAAGAGACAGUCUCUCUGUGUUGCUCAGGUAGGCCUCAAACUCUUAAUCCUCUUGCCUUAGUCUUCUGAGUAGCUGAUAUAGGUGCAUACCACAUGCCUGGCUUAAGAAAAGUCUUUAUAAGGAUUUCAUUUAGGGUAUGCCUUAGUACAAUAGUUAACAUUUUUUGAUAACUUAUCCCUGAAAUAUUUUUGAGAAAGUGUGUAUAACUUUUUGCACAUUUAAAAAUUGCAGGUAUAAUUAACAUAUAAUGAAGUAUUUCCUUGCAGGAGUUACAGAAAUCUGAAUUGUCACUCCAAACAAGUUAUAGGAUAUUCCCGUCACUCCAGAGUGUUCCACUGCACCCACUUCCAGGCAGUCCUUCACCCAUUUUAUGGCUGUCACCCUAGAUUAGCAUUCCAUUUGCACAUCUUUAAUCUAACAUCUAAAUUUUUAAAAUUUAAGUACUUACAAGGGAUCUACCAUCCAAUAUACUGUGUGUUCUAUAUGUGCUUUAAAAAUAUUUUUAUCAGUGUUGGAGCUAUAGAUUUAGCUGAUUGUGGAAAAAGUCCUGUCAUACAAACUGGCAAAGCCUGUUCUCAUUUUCAAAUUAAUCAGCCAAAUCAGACUAAAUUUUUAGUUAGAAAAUGUCUUAAUUUUAGUUCAAGUAAAUAUAUGAGUGUACAUCUCUGGCGCAGCAUUUCCCAGUGAUCCCAUUCUAAAAAGAGAAGGUACAGAAUUUUAAACCAGAGCUUUCUUUACCUUGCUUUCUUGGCCCUCAUUGCCUCUUGGAGGUCCUCCUGUUUUG